UAGGAAAGUGGGCGGAGUUUAAAAGUAGUCAGUUAGGAAACACACUCACACGCACUGCUGUUAGAGAGCGGUAAAAGGUCAGAGUGCCUCACGAUUGGUUGGCUUGUUCAUCAUCGAUUUCUUUAAAGAGUCUAAUGUCUGCAAAAGGAUUGGAGCAAAGUUUCAAGAUAAACUCUGGACACACACAUUAUUAGAGUGAAGAGGUUGAUGGCUGAUCCUGUGCAAAGGCUGCUAGCCGUGUCCUCAAGAGGCGGGGCCCAGGUGGAGGAAGUGGGCAGGGUCAGGGGCUCUGUGCCUCAAGUGGAGCUGAAGCUUGUCCAGUCAGGAUCAGAGACAGGCUCAGAGGCGGACCUUAAUAAUGAUGUCACAACUUCGAUGAUACACCAAUGGCUCAGAUGGAGGAAAACUGUAGCAUAUCUGACAUUGAUAGGACUGCUGAUAUUCACUACAGCGUUCCUGCUGGGAUACGUGGUGUCUCGCCGGAUGUGUCCUCUCUGUGUGGACCAGGGGGAGCUGGUGCUAAUCGAUGACAUGGCUAGACCAGACCAUUCUCCAAAGGUGGAGGGGAUGUAUCUGGGAGAGCUGAGAGACAUGCUGAAGAAAUACCUGAAAGAGGAGAAGAUUGAGGACACUGUCAAGCGAGUGAGCAGGACGGCCCACCCUGCCGGGUCCUCAGAAGGACAUGCUUUAGCCAUGGAGAUCCUGCAGAGCUUCCAGAACCUUCACAUGGAUCACACAUGGACUGACUCCCACUACGCCACAUUACAGUUCCCUUCCAGGACACAGAGGAAUGCACUGUGGUUGGUUGAUGCUGAGGGGGCGGAGCUUGAGGAGAUUCUAUUAGACCGUGCUGAUUACUGCGCAUACAGUGCCACAGGAACAGCCAUGGGAGGUGUGGUUUAUGUAAAUUACGCCCGUCAGGAAGACUUUGGUCUGCUUAAGGAGAUGGGUGUGGCUCUGAAUGGCUCCAUUGCUGUAGCGAGGGUGGGAGGGGGUGUGAGCUUUGCUGAGAAGGUGUGGCAUGCACAGGAGGCGGGGCAUGUGGGCAUCCUUAUUUACCCAGACCCCGCCGACAUUCCACAGGAUCCACGGCGACUUGGGCUCCAUAGCAACGCUGCUAUCUCCGAACAUGUGCACCUGGGAUCUGGUGAUCCCUUCACUCCUGGUUUUCCUUCCUUUAAUCACACCCAGUUUCCACCCACCCAAUCCUCUGGGCUGCCAGUCAUCUUGGCUCAGCCAAUCAGUGCCAACGUAGCUUCCAAACUGCUCAGUCAGCUGGGGGGCAUGGCUUGUCCACGGGGGUGGAAUGGGCGCCUCCCAUAUGUCCGCUGUGUUUUGGGUCCUGAGUUUUCAGCAUCAGAUGGACGCAAAGUAAAGAUGGCCGUCUAUAACACCAUGAACUCUGUCCUGCUGAACAACAUUUUUGCCUCCGUCGAGGGGGAAGUUGAGCCUGAUCAGUAUAUUAUUAUGGGGGCUCAGAGGGACUCGUGGGGUCCAGGAGCCGUGAAGUCUGGAGUAGGAACGGCAGUUCUGCUGGAACUUGCACGCACUUUUAGUACCAUGGUGCAGAAUGGAUUUUCUCCCAGACGCAGUUUGCUUUUUGUUAGCUGGGAUGCUGGAGAGUUUGGAAAUGUUGGUGCCACCGAGUGGCUGGAGGGUUACCUGUCCAUGCUACACCUGAAGGCCGUGGCCUACUUCAGUCUGGACCAGGCAGUCAUGGGUGAUGACACUUUCUCGGUUUACAUGAGUCCUUUGCUUGCUGACCUCUUCGAGGGAGCCAUUAAACAAGUUGAACACCCAAAGCAUGUAGGUCAGUCCAUCAUGUCUGUGGCUGAAGGUCAGGGCGGUUGGAGGAGCAGAGUGAAGCCACUGUAUCUGAACAGCGGUGCGUACAGUUUCACAGCGUUUGGUGGUGUUCCUGCCAUGGAGCUGCGCUUUCAUGAGGAGGGUUAUGUGUACCCGUUUGUGAACACACAGAUGGACAGUGUGUCACGUCUGCAGGAGCAUCUGCAGGGCCGUGUGUUUGCUGUAGGCCGAACUGUAGCUGAGCUGGUGGGGCUGAUGGUGCUGAGACUCACUCAUGAUCACAUCAUUGCUCUGGACAUCACGUACUACAGCAGAACAGCCCUUAGACUCAGUGCCCUGCUCACACAGCUGUCUACAGAGCUACAGGCACGGGGUCUCUCCCCUCAGUGGGUGUACAGUGCGAGAGGAGAUUACAGUCGAGCUGCUAAAACACUGCAGGAGGCCAUUAAGAACACAGACAUACAGGAUGAGAGGAUGACACGCCUCUAUAACACACGCCUCAUGAGGGUGGAGUACUACUUCCUGUCUCAGUACGUGUCAGUGGUGGAGACUCCGUUCCGUCAUGUGCUGCACGGUCGGGGUGAACACACUUUGAGCGCACUCACUGAGCAUCUCUCCCAGCUGCGUUCUCAUCCUGACCUGUUCCACGAGGCUCGGUUCCGCCGCCAGCUCGCGCUCUUUACCUGGACACUGCAGGGAGCUGCCAAUGCACUGAGUGGUGAUGUCUGGAACAUUGACAACCCUCUCUAGAACCUUAACUGCCUACACUGUUCAAAGCCUAUUCUAGAACUUGCUAAAAAAUGUGUAGAACCUUCACACGCUGUGUAGAUCUUCCUUACUCAUUCUAGUACCUACACAUCCUGUUACAGCUGUUGAUGAUCCAUGCUAGAACAUUUACUGCAUUCCAGAAAUAUUCUCAACUCCUUUGAGACGAUUCACAACCCCAUUCUAGAGCUUCUUCUAGACUGAACCUUCACAACCCCAUUCCAGAGCUUCUUCUAGACUAAACCUUCACAACCCCAUUCUAGAGCUUCUUCUACACUGAACCUUCACAACCCCAUUCCAGAGCUUCUUCUAGAUUGAAGCUUCACAACCCCAUUCCAGAGCUUCUUCUAGACUGAACCCUCACAA